CCGCCUUGCAUGCUGGGCUUUGUGGUCUCGCAUCGAGUAUGAGGCGGCGUGGAUCGGGUCCAUUUUAUGCAAAUUACAGGAGCGAGACGGGCGGGCGGUUUUACGGGGAGUGGGCGCGGCCCGGGAAGGGGCGUGGCCAGCGCGGCGGGUGGCGGCGCUGGCAGUUCAGCGGGGGCGCGUGCUGCCUCUUCGGGCCGGUGAGGGGGUUUCUGCGGAGCCGCCCGGACUCCUGGGUUCGCUCUGGCAGCGAGGGGAGACAGGCGACGGCCCUUCCCGUACCAGCCCCCGCCGCUGGCGAGGGGGGUGGUCGCUGCGGCCCCUCCCGUAACCCAGCGCCGGGGGGCUCGGGAAGCAGCCGCUAGGGCUGCCCUAAGGCCCCGCAGGCCGCUCCGACACCCCCCCCCCCCCCCGCAUGGGGGGUGUAUCCGCCCUGGGCUCUCCUCCCCCCCGCCCGCCUCUGACUGGAGCCGUCUCCUCACGCAGCUGCUGACUGUGUGGACGCUCCGAUUCCGGUGUCAGCGCGCCGCGUUUUCCUGGAGUUGGAUCCGGCGUGAAACCCGGCCGCGUUAUGGCGGGAUCGGAGCGUCCACACGGGGAGCCGCCCGGCGUGGGGACGAGCCCGAACUCCCCUCGCCUUAAGGCGCGGCUCGCUCCGGGUCUGUGCGGCCUGGCUGCCGCCAGCCAGCUCUCGCCCGCAAAGGGGGCCUCACCCCGCUGUGCAGCCGUGUUUGAGAUGGUUUUCUGCAGUGGCAGGGAGCAGGCUACUGAUGGGAAGACAGACCCGGCCUGGCCCUAGUAUACCAGAAGUUGGCUGUCCGUGGUAAUUAGUAGGGGAAACUGGCAGGCGUCCUGUGGUGGAAUUACUGUAACAAGUUGUCUUUUCUCUUUAUUAGCUGUGCAGAUUGAGUGUUGACGAAGAAUGAAGAGCGAUGCACAGAAGAUGGCUAAAGUUUAGCAUUUUGGACUGCACAUAACCGAAACCAUGCUUGAAAUAUGCACUGCAGUCAAAAGACGUUAAUUGUUUUGCUGAGCCCUUUGAAGAGGACAAGCAUUCUUACACAAACAAAUGUAGCCCUGAAGUUAAAAUGUGAAGUUGUUCUAGAGAAUUAAACUCUCAACAAGAGUUCCAGUGGAUGGCCUAAAACCAUGUCCCUGUCUCGUGUUGAAAAUCCUUGUUUUCUGCUCUUUCUAGCUGUAUUUCAAGCCAUAUUUAUCCUGAUUUUGUACCGAGGUGGAGCAUCGAGUGUGUUUCGGGGAUUUUUAGAUGCACCUCAGCCCUGGGAUUACUCAAAAACACAGGAUGUGUAUACAAACCUCAGCUUGUUCACCCGAGCUCCUAAUGAAGAAACUAUGCCAUAUUGCACAGCCCAGUCACCGAUAUUUGUUGGUCCAUUAACCAUCACCUUCAAUGCAUUCCCCAGUGAAAGAAGGAUAAUAAAAAAAAAUCCCUUUGUUCGGUUUGGAGGCUGCUAUAGCCCUCCUCACUGCCUGGCUCGCUACAAAUCAGCCAUCAUUGUACCACACAAGAACCAGGAGAAGCACCUGCGAUACCUUCUCUAUUAUCUACAUCCCUUCCUGCAGCGCCAACAGCUUCACUACAGCAUCUACUUGAUUCACCAGGCUGGGAAUGCUACUUUUAACCGAGCAAAGCUCCUUAAUGUUGGUGUCCGGGAAGCCAUGAAGGAUGAGGACUGGGAUUGUCUGCUCCUGCAUGACGUGGACCUCAUUCCUGAAAAUGAUUAUAACCUCUAUGUCUGUGAUGAAUACUACCCCAAACACAUUGCCAGUGCCAUAGACAAAUUCCAGUACAGUUUGCCAUAUUGGUCCUUUUUUGGAGGUGUGUCUGCUUUGACUCCAGAGCAUUACAUGAAGAUAAAUGGGUUUCCAAACACCUACUGGGGCAGUCGUGGUGAAGAUGAUGACAUUGCUGCAAGGAUUCAGUUAGCAGGAAUGAAAAUAGUCAGGACCCCUAUUCAUCUUGGACGCUACAAAAUGGUGGAUCUUGAGCAACACACAGGGAGUGAAGAGCACCUAAGAAGGCCUGCUCCACUGCACAACACCAGAAAAACAUGGAAGGAUGAUGGAAUGAAUUCUGUAGAGUUCAAACUCCUUUCAAGAAAGAAGCACCUUCUUUAUACCAACAUCACUGUGGACAUUGGGAAUGCUCCCACGCUGCCUCCAGAGGAGAAAAACAAAGAGAGUAGAGCUUGAGCAUUGGUACAGCACCUGAAAGUUGUGCAACACAGGAGGUUCCAGCCUAUAGUUAAUCAGGAAUCAGAGGUCUACGAAGAUGGAGGAAUUGUUUCCUGCUGUGCGCUUCAUCUUUCCUCCAAACAUGCGAGGGUUAGAAGAAAAGUCUUCAGGAAUGAGGCAUGACCACUAAUAGACUGGAUUCAGUUUAUUGUAGAGAAUCCCUUAAGCGCUGUAAAAUGUGAUGCUACUGAGCUCCCCCCCCCCACACCCCCCCUUCCGUUGCAGCCUUGAGGAGUACAUCCUUCAUCACCAGACAACUCCAGUCUAAGCUGUGUACUCUUAAAUCAGCAUGACCCAUUAGCAGGAUAGUUAGCUGAAUGCCAGCUACAUAACCUCUGCAUAUCCUACUGCUUACUGUUUUAAAAUGGUAAUUGGGAUUAAACCCACUGAGGACAUGUUCUGUGUUUUGUCUGAAAGCAACCUCAGUCCCGUCUCCCUGGGAAAGAGAUUCUCUAGUUGCAAUCUUUCUUGAAAUAAGAUUUUUUUUUUCCAUUAGUGUUAAAUAUUUCCCUUUCCAACUGUUACAUUUGUAAAUAUUCUUCAGGAAGUUUAAAUACAAAUUUUGAAAGUUAAUAGCCA